UCCCUCUCUCUCUCUCUCUCACACACACAAUCACACAUUCACCAUUUUUUUCUUUGUGUUGGACUCGGUCCUCUCUCUCGUAUAUCCACAUCUGCUCUGGAUUACUGUUUGUUAUUGGGGUUUUCAAGCUGUUCAAAGCUAAACCAAGAGAGUAGAGAGAGAUAGAGAGUGGCAGAUCAAAAAACAAGUAUUUGCAAAACCCAUUUCUUACUGAUUGAACAGGAAAGAUUGAAUUCAUCAAAAUCAAAAGUUUGUAUCUUUUUCUCCUUGUUCUUCUUCACUUAAAGCCUGGAUCCAGAUUGUCUGAAGAAACUACGACAUCGGCUAGGUCUUUCAUAGAUGGGGAUUUGUUGGGGUUCUCCAGCUGAAAGCCCAACAGGUCUCACUACUGAUCAUCUCAGUACAGUGAGAUCCAACACAGCAAGCAAUACAUCUUCUGGGGGCAGCACCGCAGCAUCUUCUGGGGCCAGCAGCAACAUCUCUGGGAACAGCCUUUUCUCAGCCUCAGGUGGCGAUGAGUCCUACCCAAAUGGCAUGAUUUUGCCCCAACCCAACUUGAGGAUUUUCAGCUUUUUGGAAAUGAAGGCUGCAACCAGGAAUUUCAGAUCUGAUACAGUGCUUGGAGAAGGUGGUUUUGGCAAAGUCUUCAAAGGUUUGCUCGAUGAGAGGGAGAAGGGACAGGGGAAGAGCGGCAAUGGAACUGUAAUUGCUGUCAAAAAAUUGAAUUCUGAGAGCUUCCAGGGAUUUGAGGAAUGGCAGUCAGAAGUAAAUUUCCUGGGAAGGCUAUCUCACCCUAACCUCGUGAAGUUGUUGGGAUACUGCUGGGAAGAAAAAGAGCUUCUACUUGUUUACGAGUUCAUGCAAAAGGGCAGCUUGGAAAACCAUCUUUUUGGAAGGGGUUCGGCUGUUCAGCCCCUUCCAUGGGACAUUCGGCUUAAAAUUGUCAUAGGAGCGGCUAAAGGCCUUACCUUUCUGCAUACAUCCGAGAAGCAAGUGAUUUACAGAGAUUUUAAAGCCUCGAACAUACUGCUUGAUGGGUCUUAUAAUGCCAAGAUAUCAGACUUUGGCUUGGCAAAAUUGGGUCCUUCGGAAAGUCAAUCUCAUGUGACGACCAGGGUUAUGGGAACAUAUGGUUAUGCUGCUCCUGAGUAUGUUGCUACAGGCCAUCUAUACGUGAAGAGCGAUGUGUAUGGUUUUGGUGUCGUUCUGGUUGAGAUACUGACAGGUUUGCAUGCAGUCGAUACAAAUAGGCCAAGCGGAAGACAUAAUCUGGUUGACUGGAUCAAGCCACAUUUAUGUGAUAAAAGAAACUUGAAGAGUGUGAUGGACUCUCGACUGGAGGGGAAGUAUCCCUCCAAAGCUGCUUUUCGUGUAGCUCAACUUGCCCUGAAUUGUCUUGGACCGGAACCCAAGCACCGGCCAUCGAUGCAUGAAGUGGUGGAAGCGUUGGAACGGAUUGAAGCGGCCAAUGAGAAAGCAGUAGAGCCUAGAAGACAUUCAGGCCUUCCUACAAAUCAGAGACACAGCCGACAGCAGCCUUUGCACCAUCGUUCGGCACUUCAUCCAAGGCAGGAUGGAAGUCGAUAUCCACCUCGAUUGAAGUGAAGUCUUGUGAUGGCCAACGGUUGUGUUAGUCUAUUGAAAACCCUGCAUUGGGUUUUGGUGGCACUGCAAGUCUGUAAUUGUGACAAGACAAGACAUAAAUAUGGUGGUGGUUAGAUUUUAAUUAUUUUGGUAGGUUAGGUUUUAUUGAGUAUUCGUUGUCUGUAUGAAUGUUCGCACUUAAAAUGAGUAAAAGAACAAAGUUGUGUUUUAGUUC